GAAUCUAUAAGUUCCAAGCAACACAAAUGAAAAAAGGUUUUAUACAGUUUCGUGCCAUUAUCUAUAAAAUCCGACUCAAAUUGUGCAUACAUAAAAACAAAUCUUUGUCACCAUGGAAAUCCCCUUCCACUUUAUUCCAUAUUUGCUCAUUUUCAUCUCCUUUCUCUUCAUUCUCAUUCUAAUCAACCUAUACAAAACGUCAGGAAAUCGUCGAAGAUUGGCACCAGGCCACUGGAAACUUCCUAUAUUGGGAAACUUGCACCAAAUAAUAGGCUCACUCCCACACCAAGCACUCAGAACCCUAUCGCAGAAACACGGCCCCCUCAUGCAUAUGAGCCUCGGCGAGCUCCCGGUCGCCGUCGUCUCGUCGCCUAGAAUCGCCAAGACCAACGACGUCGCGUUCGCCAAUCGGGUCGAGCUCAUGCCUCCCAAGAUAGUACUGCACAACUCCACCAACAUCGCGUCCGCUCCUUACGGCGAUUACUGGAGACUCGAGUUUCUCAGACACAAGGAGGUCCGUUCGUUCGGCCAUAGCUUGAUGGAAGACGAGGUUUCGCGCCUCGUCGAUGCCGUUCGAGUUUCCCGAGCAAUGCCGGUCGAUCUGAGCCGCGGGAUUCUGUCCGAUGAGUGCCGGAUCAUCUGCGGGGCCACGGUUGGCCGCGUCUGCGGGGUUCAAGAGCCGUUGAUCGCGGUCGUCAAGGAACCCGCGACGAUCGGAGCCGUUUUCAACACGGCGGAUCUGUUCCCGUCGAUGAGAUCUCUCCCUCUUCUGUCGGCCGACCCAGAUAUCAUCCGGCAGCACCAAGAGAAGAGGUUGAUCGGAAAUGGUGAUUCAAUGGAGGAGGAAGAUAUAGUUGAUGUUUUACUGAGGGCCAGUGAGAGAGAUGAUCUUCUUCAAGUUGGCAUCACUAUGGAUAAUAUCAAGGCCAACAUUUUUGAAAUGUUCAUAGCUGGGAUAGAGACGUCGUCGUUGGUGAUCGAGUGGGCAAUGUCGGAGAUGAUGAAGAAUCGACGAGUGUUACACAAGGCGCAAGCAGAAGUGAGAGCAGUUCUCCAAGGAAAGGAGAGAUUCCCAAAAACUGAAAUCCAGAAACUGAAGUACCUCAAAAUGGUGAUCAAGGAAACCUUGAGGCUGCAUCCGCCCGGUCAGCUGAGGCGCUGUCGGGAGGAGACAAGGAUCCACGGCCACGACAUUCCCGUGGACACGGUCGUGUUGAUCAACGUAUGGGCCAUCGGGAGAGACCCCGAGUUCUGGCCGGAACCUGAGAGAUUCGAGCCGGAGAGAUUUCAAGAUGUCACAACUGAUUACCAUGGCAAGCAAUUCGAGUUCAUACCGUUUGGUGCGGGCAGAAGAAUCUGCCCGGGGAUCGCGUUCGGGUUGGCGGGCGUCGAGCUCUCCCUUGAUUUCCUAGGAGAAUAUAUUACUCCCUCUGUAGACUGA